AUGCUCUCCAAGAUCUCCCUCGCGGCUCUCGUGAGCACUCUGCUCUCUCCAGUCGCAGCAGGACCGAUCAAUACCAACGAUCACACUCCUGUGAAUAAACGAAGCCCACUUGGCAUCAGUUUGCCUCCCCUCAUUCCUUCUAUCCCGGGCGUGACAGAGCCCUUGGGCUCUAUUGCUCCUCCUCUUCCCAUCCUUCAACUCCCCACGCCUCCCUUAGAUAGCCCUCCUUUCACCGGUGCCAACAUCAAGCCUAAGAAGAUUGGAUACUUCUGGACUGGAGCUGGAGAUAACAUCCACAAGGACUUUCUGCUUACUGCAAGUCUGGACGAUGACACUUUCGGUCAAAUCGUUGCCCUCACUGAUGUGCCGACGAGUGGAAACUCCCCUCACCAUCUGGGGACCUCACACGAUGGCAAGACCCUCAUCGGUGGCGGUCUCCUGUCUCUCCUCAAGACCCAGGACACCGCCUUUUACUUCGACGUCUCCAACCCCUAUGCGCCUAAGUUCAAGAAGUCUAACCGUGCUCUAUUGAGUUCCGUCGUUGACGAGAUCCGAGCCAAGCCAGAGGGUGGAUUUUUCAUCACCUACAUGGGCAGUGCUGCAGGCACCUCACCUGGCCGCCUCGUCGAGACCAACGCUGAUGGCGACAUCACCCACGAGUGGCCCGAGGACGUCGCUGGGACGCUCAACAUCUUGGGCGAGCAGUUUAGUCCGCACGGCCUUGCGGUCGACUUCAACAAGGGUAUUAUUCUGACUUCGGACUUUGUGGUGCCCCUAACCAUUCUGAAGCCGACGCUGGGAAUUCAGAAGGCGAGCACUCUGCGUCUGUGGAACUUGUCCGACAAGACCAUCAUUUCGACUAUAACUAUUCCUAAUGGGUUGGGUAUUCAGGAUGUCAAAUUCAUUCCUGGUAACCCCGAGAGCGCUGCCAUCGCCACAGCUGUCGGAUUAGGCCAGGUCUGGAUCAUCUAUCCAUUCCGCCGCGACUCGUCUGGCAAACAGGGCGUUGCCGAGCUGCUGUACGACCUGGGCCCCAAGGCAAAGGACUCGUUGGCCAUUUACUCGGACAUCACCGACGACGGCAAAUUUGCCUACUUUACCAUCACGCUGGGCAACCACGUCGCGGCGCUCGACAUCUCGGACCUGAGCAAUGUCAAGAGGCUCGAUGACCCCAACGAAACGCAGCCUAUUAUCGGUCCUCACUACGUCAAGAUUAGCCCUGAUAAGAAGAACCUGCUCGUUACUGGGUACUUCGUGCAGGCCGGUGAUAUCUCGAUCGUAAACACGCCGGGUGACUACAAGGGCCACUGGCUUGACAUCCUCCCUGAUGGAAGUCUGAGCUUUAACAGAUCCAUCGAUUUUGAGAGUAUCUUCAGCCGCGACCGUGGAGGCGCGCGACCUCACUCAUCCGUCAUAUUCGACUUGACUGACCCCAAGAACCCCAAGUACUAUUGA